AUGCACAGAACAUACUCCUUGAGAUCCCAGAGAGCUCCAACUGCUGCUCAAUUGCAGUCUCCUCCACCUCCACCAUCGUCUACCAAGUCAAAGUUCUUCGGUAAGAGCUCGAUUUCCCACUCGCUCAGAAAGUCCGCUGCCGGAGCUUUGGGUCCAGAGAUGGCCAGAAAGUUGGCUCAGUUGAUCAAGAUGGAGAAGAACUUGAUGAGAUCCAUUGAGAUUACCGCUAGAGAGAGAAAGGAGGUUGCUAAGCAAUUGUCUGUGUGGGGUGAGACCAACGACGAUGACAUCUCCGACAUCACCGACAAGUUGGGUGUUUUGAUUUACGAGAUUGGUGAGUUGGAGGACCAGUUCAUUGACAGAUACGACCAGUACAGAAUCACCAUGAAGUCUAUCAGAGACAUUGAGGGCUCUGUGCAGCCAUCCAGAGAGAGAAAGCAGAAGAUCACCGAUCAGAUUGCUUACUUGAAGUACAAGGACCCACAGUCCCCAAAGAUUAACGUUUUGGAGCAGGAGUUGGUGAGAGCCGAGGCUGAGUCGUUAGUUGCUGAGGCCCAGUUGUCCAACAUUACCAGAGAGAAGUUGAAGACUGCAUUCAACUACCAAUUUGACUCUAUGCGUGAGCACGCCGAGAAGAUCGCCUUGAUUGCUGGCUACGGUAAGGCAUUGUUGGAGUUGUUGGAUGAGGCACCUGUCACUCCUGGUGAGACCAGACCAGCCUACGACGGCUACGAGGCCUCCAAGCAGAUUAUCAUUGAUGCUGAGAAUGCCUUGGCCACCUGGACCUUUGACUCUGCUGUUGUCAAGCCAACCUUGUCUUUCGCUGCCCACGAGGAGGACUACGAUGCUGACGAGUUGGCUGACGAGGCUGAGCACUUGAAGGUCACCGAGGAGGAGUGGAACGAUGAGCAGAAGGUUGCUGCAUAA